GCAAAACAAAAACAGUCUCCCGUUCACAUCCCCGCCCCCUCGGUCUCUGCUCCGAAGAAGACCUUGGAAAUCAACUAUUUCCAGCAGGACGGUUUGAGGGAAAGAAACUGGAAUUGUAUUGAGGAACAAGUGUACUAUAAUCUGGAGGGGCAGCAAAAGCUUCUGCAAACUAAAAAGAAAGGAAACCAAGGAACCCCCACAUGGAAGACCCACAGGACUUAAAUGAACAAUCGAUAAAGAAAACGCAGCCAGAUUCAGAUGUUACAGAGCCUCAGAACUCCAGGUCUAUGGAAAUGCAGGACCUAGCAAGUCCGCACAGUCGAGUGAGCAGUAGUGAUACUUCUGCUGGCUCAAAACUGGACAAGGCCAGCCUCAGUAACACUUCAAUUAUAUCAAAUGGAACAGCAGGAGAUACCAUGACUAUUUUAAACACUGCAGACUGGUUGCUGGGUUGUAGUACCCCCUCAUCUGCGACAAUGUCUCUUCUUGCAGUCAAAACAGAACCAAUGAGCAGCAGUGACACUGCCACAACAACAGGAGAUGGAUCACUUGACAGUUACACUGGGUCAGUAAUAACAAGUAGUGGCUAUAGUCCAAGAGGAAUACACCAUUAUUCACCACAGCUUUAUCCUUCCAAGCCAUACCCACACAUUCUUUCCACACCAACAGCACAAUCAAUGACGGCUUAUGCUGGACAAACCCAGUAUUCAGGAAUGCAGCAGCCAGCAGUUUAUGCAGCAUAUUCUCAAACGGGCCAGCACUAUGGAUUGCCCACGUAUGGAAUCAAGACAGAAGGGGGACUACCGCAAGGACAAUCUGCAUUGCAGACUGGAUGCCUUAGUUACAGCCCAGGAUUUACUACACCCCAACCAGGCCAAACACCUUAUUCCUAUCAGAUGCAAGGUUCUAGUUUUGCACCAUCCCCGGGUAUAUACGCAAGCAGCAACUCUGUUUCCAAUUCAACAAGCUUCAACAGUUCCCAUCAGGAUUAUCCUGGCUACACUGCAUUUGGCCAAAACCAGUAUGCACAGUAUUAUCCAUCUGCAACAUAUGGUACAUAUAUGACCUCAAAUGAUACUGUUGACGGCACCUCUUCAACAUCAACAACAUACCAGCUACAAGAUCCUCCCAAUAUCCCUGGUCAACCAGCCACAGAUCUUCCUGGAGGGGAAUUUGACACAGUGCAGAGACCAUCAACACCAAUCAAAGACCUGGAUGAGCGAACGUGUAGGAGUUCAGGGUCGAAGUCACGGGGAAGGGGAAGGAAGAAUAAUCCAUCACCACCUCCUGACAACGACUUGGAGCGAGUAUUUGUCUGGGAUCUAGAUGAGACUAUCAUCAUCUUUCAUUCUUUGCUCACAGGAUCGUAUGCACAAAAGUAUGGUAAGGAUCCACCAAUGGCUGUUACACUUGGACUUCGGAUGGAAGAAAUGAUUUUCAACCUGGCUGACACACAUUUAUUUUUCAAUGAUCUAGAGGAAUGUGAUCAAGUUCAUAUAGAUGAUGUGUCCUCUGAUGACAAUGGACAAGAUUUAAGUACCUACAGUUUUGCAACUGAUGGUUUCCAUGCAGCCGCCACCAGUGCAAACCUCUGCUUAGCAACUGGUGUGAGAGGAGGUGUCGAUUGGAUGAGAAAACUAGCCUUCCGUUACAGGCGUGUAAAAGAACUAUAUAACACUUACAAAAACAAUGUAGGAGGAUUACUUGGUCCAGCAAAAAGAGAUGCCUGGCUUCAGUUAAGGGCUGAGGUUGAGGCUCUGACAGAUUCCUGGCUGUCAAAUGCACUUAAAUCACUCUCAAUCAUCAGUUCAAGAAGUAACUGUAUUAAUGUCUUGGUAACUACAACGCAACUUGUACCAGCACUUGCCAAAGUCCUAUUGUACAGCUUAGGUGGUGUUUUCCCCAUUGAAAAUAUUUACAGUGCAACAAAAAUAGGCAAAGAAAGUUGCUUUGAACGAAUUAUGCAAAGGUUUGGCAGAAAAGUAGUAUAUGUUGUUAUUGGGGAUGGUGUAGAAGAAGAACAGGCAGCAAAAAAGCACAAUAUGCCAUUCUGGAGGAUAUCAAGCCACUCUGAUCUGUUGGCUUUGAACCAAGCACUGGAACUUGAAUACUUGUAGCUGCCUUGUGCAGCACAGCCAGAGAUACAAAGUCAACAACUAUUAGCAACCUUUAGGAAUAUGUGAAGUUUCCCUCUGUGAUCUACAGCACCUCUGGCUUCCACAUUUGUCUUAAGAAAUGAAGAGAAUUGAUUUGUCAUGUGAGGCUAUUGAGAAUUCAAACUGCUGAACAGUGACUGGUACAUUGAACCUCUGCAUAAGGAACUAUGUUGGUCUUAGGAAAAUAUUGUUCAUUAUAGAUAAAGUGCAAGUUGUGUGUAUUUUACAACUCUUCAAGUGAUUAUACAAUGCCCAGGAUGCUUGAACAGCUCAUACAAUGAACUAGUUCUUUACGAAACAUGAAGCUGCUUCCAAUGCAUCCGGCAUGAAGUUAUUCAACGGCAUUCCUUGCCAUUGGAUUGUCUCAAUAAUGCAGUGUUUCAAGCAAACUUUAGUCUGCUUAUCCAGGCUGAACCUGCAUUAGAAGUGCACUGGGCUACAUUGACAAUCACAUCUAGACCUGCAGUUUGUGUAACUUAGUUACUGUGAGAGCUUAUACUAAGUUAGCAGCUGGAUUCAAAAACAUAUUGCUUUUAUGAGGAUAGUCACUUUUUGUAAAGCUUGACAAGAAGAAUAUACAUAAACGAUGUGUUGUGCCUUAAAAGAAGACAGUGUUGGUGUGUUACAAUGUAACUUUUGUUCCACAAAUGUGUAGAUAAAUUCUUUGUGAUGAUUAUUUUUUUGAAAUGACCAAAUUAUUAAAAGAAUCAGAAGUAAAAGAUUUCUGCGUUGUAUAAGCAGAGAAGCAAUGUUCCAGGCUGUUGGUCUAAACAGGAAAUUAAAAAUUGGAGAGUUUUUGUGUUUUACUUGGAUUUUAGUGUUUAAUUGUAAAUUACAAUCCUUAAUAAUAUCCAGGAGAAACUUUUUAAUUUAAACUGUGAGGUAAUCUAUUUUAGUCAUUAAGAAACAGCUUGACACUUUUUGACAUUAUGCUAGUUUUAUCAUUUCUGGGAAAUUUCUUAAAAGAAUUUUGGUUUGGGCACUUAUUUGAUUUCAUGCAAGUCUAUAUUUUCUUUAAAUCUGAAAAAUAUACUCCCCCAUCCUCAUUGAAUACAUAUAAACUUCAUCCUAAUUCUCCGCUCCCUGCCUCCUUCCUCCCUCCAUUUGAUGUUUCUGAACAAAAAGGAAUGAAUGCAUAGAUAAGGGUUUUGAUCAAGUUUAAAGGCUUAUUGCAUUUUCACCAACAGAUUCACUCUACAACUGGUAAGUUAUCCAACAUCCCAUGUCAAGAUUUUCUUUCUAAACCAGUAUUGCAAUUACUAGUGUAUUUUAAUGACUUGGUUCAUAAAACAUACCUAUAAAUAAAGCCAAUAUUAAAAGCCUUUAAACUAAAUUUCUCUUAUAUGAAAUAAAUGUAGUUGUGCAUUAUGUAUUUUUACGGCAUUUUGGCAGAUGGGAUAAAGCAUGUUAAGAAAGGGUAAUAGUAGGAUUGCAUUAAAAAGUACUAAAACAUAGCAAUAAAGUUUUUCUAAAUGUAUAAAAUUGCUUCUAUUAUAGCUCAGUUGCACCUUUGUUGAACCUCCCAAGUAUUACCUUAUCAAUUUCUGCAUACAAUCUGACUUUACUGUGUAGCAAUGAGACAGUCCUGUAAUAUUUAGGCUUCUGACAUUUUGUGUCUAUUUAUAUGGAACUUCUGCACAGUUUAAAAGUACCAGCAUUCUGACCUUUAUAUCACACAAGCAUCUCCUUCGUAACUAAAUAAAGAGCAAAUUGUACAUAAUGUAGACUGGGUAUUCUGCCAAUAUGCUGUAACUCCAAUUUCUCCUCAGCUCUGUGUGUGAUUUAGAAUAGGGGAUAUUCAGAGGAUGCACACUACAUUGAUACACCACUCUGAUUGUCUUUGUUCCUACAGAUACCGGCUAUGGGGCUAUAGAAUAAUAUGUAUUGGCCACACAGCAUCGUUUUAGUGGUAACACUAUACUGUUUAUGUUUUUUUUAUUUAUUUUGAUUGUGCUUUCUGAACAUUAAAAUCAA